AUACGAGUUAAGCAAACGAUGCGUGACGAAAUUAGUAUACCAAUGACAACGACCUUAGUUAAUAAGAAUUGAAUCCGACGCGGUAGCUUUGUUGAAGAUCAGUGUUAGCCCGGCUGACUGAUGUAAAUAUCUUCAUGUCUCGCGAAGACGAUCUUCGAUCAAAGUGCCUCAGAUUGAGGGCUUAAAUGAAUCGGGCGUCCCCGAUAUGAGCUUUGCUCACUUUUUUGCUGAAACCGAUGUGCAAUCGGUGUACCCAAUUCGAUUGGGCUCAGGCUUAUUGGAAAAUAUGUGUAAGACUGGUGUGAAACCAGUGUACCAGUUCGACUGGGUCACAUAUUUUCUUUAUUAUACUGAGCAAGACCGGUGUAGUAACCAGCGUGCCAGGCCAGGCCUGUGUCUCAGUCUUCCAAUAAGAUAAUGCUGCUGGCCAGACGAGAUCAACAUUGGAGAAUUAACCAUGUCGGAUGGUUUCGGGCCCUCUCCAAGGCCCAAAAUGCACCCUUCUUCAAGGGCCCCCUCUUCCGGGUGAUUAAGUUUUUUAAUGGCCCUUUGAUAUUUACUAUCCCGGGAAGGCCUUAGCUCACCCCCCGUUCAAGUCUUCCCUGAGAAGGGGGAAAUAGGAUGCGCCACGGUGGACGAUCCCUCUUCUAUUUCUUUUAAUGGGCAUCUUUUAGUCCCCAAUCAGUUUGCCAGUCUCGGCUGAUUCCCCGAUACCGGUCAAACCUCAUGGGCCCG